CCUCCCAGGCUGCCCCGCGCGGGCAGGCGGGCGGCCGCGGGGAAGAUGGCGGCGGGCGGCGGGUGGCCCUGAAGUGGCGGGGAUGGAGCCUCCUGCGACCCCGGGCCCCGAGCGGCUCUUUGACUCGCACCGGUUUCCGACCGAUGGGUUCCUGCUGCUGGCCCUGCUCCUCUACGCGCCCGUGGGGCUCUGCCUGCUCGUCCUGCGCCUCUUCAUCGGCGUGCACGUCUUCCUGGUCAGCUGCGCCCUGCCCGACAGCCUGCUGCGGCGGCUCAUCGUGCGGGUGAUGUGCUCGGUGCUGGGGCUGUUUGUGCGGGAGAGCGACCCCCGGCUGCGCGAGGGCAGCGCCCGGGUCUUCAUCUCCAACCACCUCACACACUUUGACCACAACAUUAUCAGCCUCCUGACCUCCUGUAACACGCCCGCCCUGAACGGCGCCCCUGGCUUCAUCUGCUGGUCACGGGGAUUCAUGGAGCUGGGAGUGACCGGGAGCCGAGCGGAGCUGGUGGAUUCCCUGAAGGUGUAUUCGUCCCACGGGGGAAACCCCCCCCUGCUGCUGUUCCCGGAGGAGGCAGCCACCAACGGCCGCGCGGGAUUGCUGCGCUUCAGCUCCUGGCCCUUCUCCAUCGUGGACGUGGUCCAGCCGGUCGCCCUACAGGUUCAGAGGCCGCUGGUCACUGUGAGUGUGGCUGACUCCUCCUGGAUCACAGAGCUCCUCUGGACCUUCUUUGUUCCCUUCACAGUUUAUCAAGUAAGGUGGCUGCCCUCUGUCCCCAGGCGCGCGGAAGAGCCGAGUGAGGAUUUUGCGCUCCGAGUUCAGGAGCUCUUGGCCAUGGAGCUGGGUGUGGUAUCCACACGGCUCACUGCAGCAGAUAAAACUGAGCACAUGAAGAGGCUGAGACACACGUCGCGCCUCCCCUUUGCCUCAGCCUCCAGCCAGCCCCAGGCAGCCAGGCCCAGGACGCUUUCCCGCCCAGCUGGCGCUGCUCCCGAGGAUGUGCGGAUCACGGCCAUGGUUCAGCAGGUCAAGGAGGUGCUUCCCUACGUGCCUCUGGAGGCUAUCAGGAUAGACCUGGCCCAAACCAACUGUGUGGAUACCACCAUUGCCAACUUGCUGGAGGGGAGAGUUCCCUUCUUCCCUGGAAGCAAUGAGGCUGGUACUGACCCGCUCGCCCCGUCUACCUCCCAGGCUGCAGCUGCUGCUGGUGUCCAGGGCUCCGUGGCUGUGCCUUCUUCCAAGACAGCUACAAAGCAGUUUGCAAAGUCCCCUGUGGAGCGGCACCUGUCCUUGCAGGAGCGGAAACGAGCGUUGUACGACUAUGCCAGGAGGCGGUUCGCCGAGAAGCAGGGGGCAGCGCGGGCCGGCGGCAGCCCCUGACCGGGGCAUCGGGCCCCGCAGCCCCGGCCCGGGGGGCUCGGGCCGGCGGCCCCUGUGGCCGCGGGGCGGGGCGGGCGCCCCCUGGCGGCGGCGGCAAUAAACAGCGGCAGCGUC